UGCCAAUCAUCAAAAUCUCUUAACUGAUUCCACUAUAGUAGGCUAGCAACAUGCAUAUUUACUUGUCCCAAUUGAGUCCACAAAUGUAUUUUGCAACCACAAUGCUCUUCCUCAUAUUAACAUACAUUGCUAUAAACUUUCUUUCACAAUACUAUGCUAAUAGAAUUAAAAAACAAAAAUACAAUCUUCCACCAGGACCUUCACCUUUUACAAUUAUGUUAAAUGUUUUUGAAUUAGGAAAAAAACCACAAUACUCAUUAGCCAAAUUCUCAAAAAUAUAUGGUCCAAUAAUGCAUUUGAAAUUAGGCCAAUUAACAACUGUAGUAAUAUCUUCAGCAGAGAUAGCACAAGAAGUGCUUCAAACUUAUGAUCACUUUUUCUCAGACAGAACAAUUCCUCAAGCUGUAGCAGUUCUCAGCCAUGAUCAUUUUAGCUUACCAUUUAUACCAGUGAAUGAUCUGUGGAGAGAUUUAAGAAAAAUAUGCAAAAACCAAUUGUUUUCUGCUAAGACUCUUGAUGUUAGUCAUGAACUUAGACGUAAGAAGUUACAAGAACUUUUAUCUGAUAUAGAUAAAAGCAGCUUAAGUGGUGAAGCAGUAGACAUUGGAAAAGCUGCUUUUAAAACUUCAUUGAAUUUUUUAUCAAACACUUUUUUCUCUAUGGAUUUUGUUAACUCUGCAGGUGAAACUGAUGAAUAUAAAGGUAUAAUUGAAAAUCUUGUAACAGCAAUAGGAACACCAAAUUUGGUUGAUUUUUUUCCAAUUUUGAAGAUGGUUGAUCCACAGGGUAUAAGAGGAAUAUCAUCAACUUAUGUUGAAAAGUUGUUGGAUAUUCUUGAUUCCUAUAUUAUCAAGAGGUUGAAGUUAAGAGAAGAGGAAAAUCAUGUCACAAAUGAUGACAUGUUAGAUAAUUUGCUCAACGUUUCUCAAGAGAAUUGUCAAAAAAUGGACAACACCAAGAUUAAACAUUUGUUUCUUGAUUUAUUUGUUGCGGGUACCGAUACAACAUCCUACACAAUAGAACGAGCAAUGGCAGAACUAGUUCACAAUCAACAUGCAAUGUCAAAAGCUAAAGAAGAACUUGAUCAAAUAAUUGGUAUAGGAAAUACCAUUGAGGAAUCAGACAUAAUAAGACUCCCAUAUUUGCAAGCAAUAGUAAAAGAAACGUUACGUCUGCACCCAUCAGCUCCACUUUUGCUACCAAGAAAAGCCAAAACAAAUGUUACAAUUCAUGGAUACACUAUUCCACAAGGUGCACAAAUUCUAGUCAAUCAAUGGGCCAUGGGAAGGAACCCAAAAAUUUGGGUCAAUCCAACUUUGUUUUCACCUGAAAGAUUUUUGGGGUCCGAAAUUAAUUUCAAGGGACAAAAUUUUCAAUUGACACCAUUUGGUAGUGGGAGAAGAAUAUGUCCUGGCAUGCCACUUGCAAUUAGAAUGUUGCAUACUAUGUUAGGAUCAUUGAUUAAUUCCUUUGAUUGGAAAUUGGAAAGUGGAGAUAGAGACAUUGAUCAACCCUUGCGAGCUAUUCCAUUUAGAGUAAACAAGGUGUACCAUGCAAUAUAGUAUAGUAGUAUAUAUAUAUUUAUGUUAUAUAAGGACACUCUUUGUGACCGACUGAAAUAAUUAGUGUUCCAAAUUGUGAACUUAAUUUCCUAUAAUUAAGUACAUGUACUUCAUAUAUAUUAUAUAAUUUAUAGCCAAUAGUUGUGUUUGUAAGCAACUAAGACACAUUAGAUUUUUUAUAA